GCUGACUUCCUCCUGGCCAGGAAAAUGGCCAUCCAGCAGCUGCUCAACCAGCCACACCACGGGGCAGGUAUCAAGGCUCAGGUGUGUUCCCUGAUGGAGCUGCUCACCACCACCCUGUACCAGGCUCACGCUCUGUUCUACACCGUGCCUGAGGGGAUGUCCCCGGACCCAGCCCUGCCCUGUGGGUUGCUCUUCUCCACCCUGGAGAGCACCACAGGCCAGCACCCUGCAGGGAGAGGGGGAGUCCUGGAGGAGGACUUGAAGCUGAGCAGCUGGUUCAAGUACCUGCCGGAGUCUGUGGUGGAAUUCCAGCCGGCCCUGCGGACCCUGGCACACCCCAUCAGCCAGGAGCACCUCAGGGAGACCCUGCAGCAGUGGAUCAGCAUGUGCAGUGAUGACAUCAGGGCCGGGGUCAGCAGCCUGCUGGUGUACGUGAGGAGCAUGAAGGGGCUGGCAGGGAUCCGAGAUGCCGUGUGGGAGCUGCUCUCCAGCGAGUCGGGCAGCCACAGCUGGGAGGCCGUGUGCCGGCGGCUCCUGGACAGGCCCGUGUCCCUCUGGGAGGACCUGCUGCAGCAGCUCUUCCUGGACAGGCUGCAGACUCUGACCAAAGAAGGGUUCGACUCCAUCUCCAGCAGCUCCAAGCAGCUGCUCACUUUAGCCUUGCAGGAACUGGAAGUCAAACCGGGCGGCUCUGCCCUGAGCAAGCAGAUCCAGCUGGAGCACAACGUGGCGCUGUUCCUGUGGUCGGAGGGCCCCGGGGACCUGCCGGCGGACGCGGCGUGGGUGAGCGUGGGGCAGCGCGGGCCCUUCGCCCGCAGCGGGCUGGCCAUGAAGGCGCAGGCGCUCACGCCGUGCGUGCAGAGCUUCUGCUCGGCCCUGGACUCCAAGCUGAAGGCCAGGCUGGAUGACCUCCUGUCCUACCUCCCCGCGGAGCCCUCGGUGCCCAAGGAGCCGGCGGUGCAGCCGCGCUCCGCCUUCGACCGCUUCGCCGACGCCGGCACCGUGCGGGGGCUGCUGCGCGACCAGUGCAUCGCCUGCGUCCAGCACGUGCUGGGCUGCGUCAGGGAGGAGCUCCAGAGGGCCCAAGGCCUGCUGGGGGGCCAGCUGGGCCCCCCUGGCGAUGCCCGGCUCAACGCCGUCCUGUUCAUGGCCAGGCUGUGCCAGUCCCUGCCCGAGCUGUGCCCUCACCUGCAGCGCUGUGUGCUGGGCCAGGAGGGCAGCGCGGACACGGCGCCCAAGGAAACGCGCUCCAACAAGAAGCUGGGGAAGGGGAAGGCCCAGGAAGUGACCCCCGAGCAGGCCAAGUGGCAGGGCCUGAAGGCAGAGCUCCUGCAGCAGAGCCUGUUGGCUUAUCAGAUCUGGAGCUCGGCUGUCACCAAAAGUCUGGUUCAGUGCUUCACCGGCACACUGCUGCUGGACACGGCUGGUUCUGUCCUGGCCACAGCCACCAACUGGGACGAAAUUGAAAUCCAGGAGGAAACGGAGUCUGGGAGCAGCGUAACGUCCAAGAUCCGGCUGCCCGUGCAGCCCUCCUGGCACGUCCAGUGCCUCCUGUUCAGCCUGUGCCAGGAGGUGAACCGGGUGGGUGGCCACACUCUUCCCAAGGUGACCCUGCAGGAGCUGCUGAGGACCUGCAUGGCAGAGGUGCUCGCUGCCUACCAAAAGCUCAUGGAACAGAAGCAGGAGAAGAAGGUGGACACCUUCCCCCUGACCCAGACCAGAGCUCUGCAGUUGCUCUAUGACCUGCGGUACCUCAGCAUCAUCCUGACGGCCAAGGGUGAGGAGGGGAAGCCCAGCAGGAUCAAGCAGGACUCUGGGAUCGAGAAGGUGAUCGACUUCCUGGAGGGACACAUCGAUCCCUUCGACUUGGACGUUUUCACUCCACACCUGAACAGCAACUUGAACCGCCUGGUCCAGAGAACCUCCGUUCUCUUUGGCUUGCUGACGGGGACAGAGAACCAGUACACGAGCCGGAGUGGGGCACUGAGCUCCCAGGAGCUGCACAACAUCCUGCCCUUGGCAUCCAGCCAGAUCAGGUUUGGACUCCUGCCGCUGAGUAUGUCGAGCUCACGGAAGAGCAAGUCCACUGCCAGGAGCACAGAGCGAGUCCAGGUUGCAGCUCCUGUGCUCCCCAGAGAAGACGAGGCCUCCCGCCCGGGCUCCCUGUUCAGGCAGCUCGUCACCGAGGACGAGGACACGGCGGCGCCUUCGCUCUUCAAGCUGGGCUGGCUCUCGGGCAUGACCAAGUGAGGCAGCAGCAAAUAAAACGUUGGGCUGUG